CAGGGGCUGGGCGCACAGGUGGACCGGGAAGGCGGAGCUCGGACCCGCAGGGAGGCGGGACUGAAGGUUCCUUAACCUCGAGAGGGGAAGAAGCAGGAAGAUCAAUCCGGGGCCGAUACCCUAUGGUUGCUGUUUAACACGAAUUCUCAGCAUGAGACAGAAACGCUGGUGUGGGAUGACGGCCAAAACAGGCACCGUGUUAGCAGGGGUUUUUACCAUCGUAGCCACUGACAUGUACCUCAUCUUCGAACAGAAGCCACUGAGGAGCAGCCAUUGCACUGAGGUUGACCAAUGGAACGAGAGUGUAAUUCUCCUGAUACGUCAGUUCCUCAUCUGUGGGAGUUUGAAUAUCGUCCUCUUCCUAUCUUGCAUCACCAUCAUCAUCAGCUGCUUGCUCAUGUACUCAGUGUACGCCCAGAUGUGCAGGGGCCUGGUGGUCUACAUCAUCUGGAUCUGUUUCUAUGAAACUGUAAACAUUGUACUACAAAUCCUUACCAACAGUGACACCAGCAUUGGAGAGGUCAGAGUCAUGCGCUGGUUUGGUUUGGUGUCCCGUAUAUUCAUGCACUGUUUCUGGAUGUUCUUUGUCACCACUUAUGCCCACAUAAUCUACAAAAGUAAAGCCCAGGGCAAUAUAAUUUUCUACAACAGACGUAUUUCUGCAGGCAGUACAGAGUUCCCACGGCGGAAAUCAAAGAUAAUCAACUUUACCCGCCACUAUAAUGAAUAGUGCUGGCCCUUUUCUCUCCCGUGAGUGGUAGAUCUCCCAGGUUCUCAUGGUAGUUCUGUUUCCAUCUCUUUCACUUUUGCUGGUCUGUUCAAGUACAGACCCUACUGCCACCCUUUGGCCAAUGUGGAGAGAAAUCCUGCUCACUGAGGAUGGUUACUUAAAGGGCAUUUUAUUUAUCAAGCACUCCUGGAGUUCUCCUUCCUUUUCUGGUCAGUGCCACCUUCCUGGUCAAAAUAAAGAGGGCAAGGGAGUGAAAUGAAGCGAAUUGCAGUCAGGCAAUCCUUUCACCUUGGCAUGUCUUUAUCAGCCUUCAACCCAGAGCUCUCUAAUGUAAC